GAAUAUGACGACCUACGCAUGGACGCGGAGGUAUUACCGGGGAAUGCCAGUUCUCUGGUCCAUCCCUUCCUGUCACUCGUCGUCAACCUGAAUGUGGCCACUCUGGCUCACAGAGACAAGCAGGAUAAAUCACUCUGUGUGGUCUUGGCGGUGGAGAGUUUGAGGGAGGCGAGCUGUGUCUGUACGAGCCCGGCCUGGCCCUUCCUCUUCGAAAUGGCGAUUUCGUCGCAUUUCCUUCAUCGCGCGUUACUCAUUUUAACCUCCACUUUACUGGGCGUCGCGCCUCCAUCGUUCUGCACACGGACAAAGAGAUAG